AGAGAGAGAAAGAGAUGCAAAAUCCAACUAUAUACGCGCGCACGACCGCUACCGGCACGUCUCGCGCGACUGAUUCAUCAGACUAAUUGUAAGUUUCCUCGCGUGAUUAACGCCUCGCGCACGAUGAGCUGUCUGUCGAGAAACGUCCAAGGCUCGCCGUCGCGACGCGCGAGAGCGUCCACUCUUGCCUUUCCGCGGCAAACUUCACGCACGGACGCUUCGUGCGCGUGUAAAGGUCGCGGCACCGGGGAGAGACGAACUCGCGGAGCGGCCGCGCGGACCCGGACUCUCGCCACUGACUCGCGGAGUUCAGCUUCAGGAGUUCACCACUCGCGCGAGAUGCGAGCGAUGACGCGGUGCGCGCCUUCAGGAAGAGUCGAUGCGCGGGCAAGCCGGCAAGACGCCAAGACCAGCUCUCUCGGCGGCCGCGCUUUCCGGUCCGCGUUUUAUAAAUACUGCAGACAGAGCAAACAGUGCACCGGACACGGCAGACCCUAGUCGCGGGUGAACGAGAGGGUGUGCGCGGUGCGCGCUCGCGUCCGAGGGUGGAGAGAGAGAGAGAGAGAGAGAGAGAGAGAGAGAGAAAGAGAGAGUUCUCGGGAGAGGAGAUCUUCCGUCACACGUGGAGGCUCCAGAUACGCGCGUCUCGCCGACGUUUAUCACCGGCGACAGUGUCCUCUCCGUCUGGCCGGUCUUGGCGGAGCGACGUGUGCGUGUGUUCGUGUGUGUGUAUGUGUGUGUGUGUGCGUGCGCGCGCGCGUGUGUUUGCUCUCUUGGCCGUCGUCUUCUCGGUGUAUUCGGUGUCUCGUGCUCUCGUGGUGCCUGAUGAAUGCUCGCGGUGCGUUCCCCGCGGAACGUGAACGUGAGACGCGCAUUCGCGACUUCUCGCGUGAGCGCAGUUUCUCGCAGCAGUUUCAGCGCUCCGGCUCCUCGCUCUCGUUUCUGCUUCCGAGUCGGCCCAGCACGCGGAGAGACGGCACAGGCCGCUUACAUAAAUAACGACGACGCGCCCGAUUCGUUCCGCGUGCGAGCCGCAUCAGUAAACUCGGACGCUCUCGGCCGCGCCUGCGGACACGCGUGCGGAAUGCUCCUCCGCGCUUUUCUCCGGAGGGAACGAUGACCGGUGAUACUGCGAAAUCCAUAAUCCAGCGUCCAACGGCGGCCUGCAUUGACUCACCUGCGGCGGCAACGGCCACAGAUUGAUCCGCGCCGAUUGAUCGGCGGCACCGGCAGACCUCGUUCUUUGCUUACACUCGACAGCGCGGUGGAGAAAGCGCCGCGGAGAUCAUCGAGAUGAGCGGGAUGAAGAAGGCGAUCGGCGGCUCCAUUCACAGGAUACGGGAGUUCGAGCUCGAGAAGGUGAACCUGAUCGACGAGUUCGACAUCCUGCAGAUCGUCGGCGAGGGAUGGUUCGGCAAGAUCCUGCUGACCGAGCACCGCAGCACGCAGACCGAGAUGGUGCUGAAGGCGCUGCCGAAGGCCUACACCGGCAUCUCGGAUUUCUUUCGGGAGUUUCAUUAUGGCUUACAUCUGGCGGCUCACAGAAACAUCAUAACCACUUACGACGUGGCUUUCGAGACGGCCGGCUUCUACGUUUUUAGCCAGGAGUACGCCCCGCUCGGCGACCUCACGUCGAACGUGACGGAGACGGGGCUGGGCGAGCUGCACGCCAAGAGGGUGGCUCGGCAGCUCGCCGCCGCGGUGCAGCACAUACACAGCCGCGAGCUGGUGCAUCGCGACAUCAAGCUCGACAACAUACUCGUGUUCCGGAGCGACUUCUCGCGGAUCAAGCUCUGCGACUUCGGCGAGACCAGGCGGGUCAAUACAGUGGUGCGAAGGCACAACGAGUGGCUGCCGUACUCGCCGCCCGAGGUAUUGCAGAUCGACACUGACGAGACGUACAAAGCUCGCACGUCGCACGACGUCUGGCAAUUCGGCAUUGUCCUAUUUGUCUGCCUGACCGGAUGCCUGCCAUGGCAAAAGGCGGCGUCGGACGACCCACGGUACAGCAGAUAUCAAAACUGGCACAACGCGACGCUGAACAUCGCCAAGAAACCGAAAUUAUUUCAGCUGAUCAGCUCGCGGGCACAGAGAAUGUUCAAGAGGCUGCUGGACCCGAAGGCUGACAAGCGACCUGUUAGCGUGUUGGAGGUGAACAAAUAUUUAGAGGACAGAUGGCUGGCGAAACUCGGGGCCGAGAAAGCACUGAACGGCGGCGCCGACGAGCGGGACGAGCUCUGCCCCUCCAUGUACAGCUUCCACAGUUCCUUGGAGGAGAAGAACCAGCUCCUCCACACGCUCACCACGUACGGCAUCGAGACGACGGUGGACCGGUCGAAGAAGAAGGACCGCAUCCGCGAGUGGAUACAGUCGAGCGCGAUCGUCGAGGAGAACGAGGAGGACGAGUCCGAGGACAUGUACGAGGACUCGGAGUUCUACGAAGAAGAGAACUUUGACGGCAACGAGAGCGAAGAGGCCGAGCCGGUGCCCAUGAGGGGUAGACACUUCCCGGAAAGGCGUCCGAGCGCGGCGACGAACGAGCACCGGAAGAGAAGGCCCAGCAGGCCCGGCCCGACCCCGUCGCGAGGCAGACUGCCGGUCGAAAGGAAAAUACCCUUCGCCCCGCGAGUGGCCGAGGAGCGUGAGACGAUCGCGCGGUUCGCCAGUUUCCCCAACGGCGACCCGAACUUGGCCACCGCCGCGAGGAACGGCAACGACCAGACUCACGAGCGCGCCGUGGUCACGUCCCCCCCACGAGGGGCGACACCCUCCGACGCGCCGUCGAUGACGACGGCGACUCGUCUAUUCGCGAAUGAUAACGGCCAAUCGUCCGUGCCGAGCGCCAACGUCCGGAACGCGAAGGAUCUUCACGCAGCCGACAAAGCUCCGGCGGCUGCAGCCGGGUUACCCCGGGCCGGAGUUUUCUCGGGCGAGCAACCGUCGCCGAGCACCACGACGGGCCCGGCUGGCAACGACAGCGGGCUGAGAGUCUCGCCGACGAGCCCGCAGAUCCCGGCACGGAAAAAUCGCGCUCACACCGCGCCGUUCUUCGACGCGACGACCGCCGAGACUCGAGCGGAAUCGACGCGGCGAGCGCAAUCAGCUACGGUCCUGCGGAGCGCGGACACGGACGAGCCGCCUCGGUCGGCGCCGAGCAAGACGCCCGUCGCGUCGCCGCAUCCGACUACCAGACGAUCGGACGUCGUCACGUCGCCGAGGACGGCGAGGUCGAGCUUGCAAGCUCCACGAGGCGUCGCCGCGCCGCCGGUGACGAACCUGACCGAGCCUCCGCCGAGUAACAGCGCUCUUGCCGCGCGAGUCGACGGCUCGCCGCUCGCGCCGGUGACAGUCGCCGUGCAGGUCGCGACGAACGCGCUCACCAUGUCGAGCGCGUCGCACCUGGUGAUGCAGAGCUUCAACGCUCUGCAGGGUAUCGCGAGCGGCGCCGGCGCCGGCGCCGGCCCGCCGAUGAGCGCGGCGAGCAAGACAAGCGGCUUCGGUCAACUACGAGCCAACGAGGAGGUGACCUUGAGCUACGGCAAGGACGCGUACGAGCAUUACGGUAUCGCUCAGGGAGCCAUAUUGCCGAUAAGGGUGGACAUGAUGAGGCAAGACUCCACCGGCAGCGGCAGUCGAUCCGUCAGCAACUGAGGGAGCGCAGGAACGUGUCGGGUUGUGUUCUCGAGACUGAUGGUAGCAGCCAUCAGAUAUGGCCUUCGCCGCGAGCUCACUCGGGCGUCGUCGUCGGUGGACACUCGUCGGAGGUACAGCCAGGAUUUGGCGGGAGCUCUCUACUCUGAGCGCUCUCCGAGAAGAAACUCUACGCCACUCGGAGAAUCGACGAAGAGACACGAACGGAGCAACGUCGCGGGAUAGUCUCAUCAGUGGAUCAGUCUCUGCGGCGAUGUCGCGAGGUUCGCUGAAAGCGGAUCGCUCUGGAGGAAUCACUCUCUCAGGGGCUUACACUCCUCGAGACGAGAGGAGACGUCGGCUGCGACGCUCGAGUACACGAAAUAGAGCGAGAGCGUUUCAACGAAACCGGCCGCUCGCGCGUUCGGCCGGCCACACCGCAGGCACGUCGAUUAUUUUCAAGGGACAUUUAUAUCGCGCCACGUGUUGCUCGCUCGACCGAGCAUAACGAGAUAAAAUUAGCGCGGCGCCUCGCAAGACUCUCGCACCAUGCGAGAGACCGUCCCCGAGGCGGUUAGCUGCAGCCGUUAUCGAGCCGUGAGACACGCUGCGAAUUCUCAUUGUCUCAACGUGACGAGACAGAGAGAGAGAGAGAGAGAGAGAGAGAGAGAGAGAGGGCUUUUUCAUGCGAUUCGGUUGACUCCCUCGCAUCGAAUGCGACUCGCUUCGAUAGACGUGACUUAUGCUGCAUUGAGGCAGUUGUCUCGCGACAAUAUCAUCGAAAAGUUUAGCCGCACGAUACGAUGGAGUCGAGAACGACUUGGGUGACGAUAGAAGUAGGUGCGUACACUACCUCGAAGCGCAUCGUGCCAAUGAUACGUUCAACGCUCGGUCUCUUUCCAGUUGCGCAAGUAGUUGAAUAAUAUCCUAGUUGUCAUGCGAUCCAAGUCACUGCGGACUCCCCCCGGAGAAAUUUAUUUAUUUCACACCUGCUACGACUGCCUUGUUAUCAUCUCUUAUGCUCUCCGCUCCUCUUUCUCUCUCUCUCUCUCUCUCUCUUUUUAGUCGGUCAAUACAGGCUCCGCGAAUUCGGAGAGGAUGCGAUGUACCUAACUGAACGCGUAAGCGCAAGGCCAACAUUUUUGUACGUUAGUAUAGUAAUACCGCGUCACCUCUGAGAGGUAACGCACGGUUGCGUAUUGUUCCUUUUUCAUAUUGAGAAUUUGCUCUCGUGAAGCGACGGAUUGCACUGCGACUCGGCAUGACGCAAUUCCGGGCGAAACGUAUCGUCCGGUAUACGCGAUACGAUUUGUCUCCGGUGGCGAUAAUGUUUCACGGAGACGCACGAAGCGUUUGAAUAAAUCAUACGCGAUAUCAUAUCAGACGUACGUUCUCGCCGUCGAGAGUACGUUACCGGAAUGGCGGAUUGCCUCGCGCGGUUGACUCGCGGAUGUUCGCCGCGGACCGUUCGCACGAAUGGCCAUAUUUCAUUGUAGCUGCCUCGCUUUCGCGAAACGGGAUAACAAAGAGAGAGAUCGGCGAUCGAUCGCCGCGAUAAGCGCGUGAUAUGCGCGAAUGAUUCUCUCCGCAGCGUCGAGCGACACAACGGUCGUUUAUUAUAAUCGCCGAUGCUCUCGCUCGGAGCUGAUGGUGCUGGCACGGCGGGGUUAAUGCGCACCGCGCGCCGGUGUCGUUAAUUAGUCAUUCAAGGUGUUCGAUGUCGCUUGAUUUACGAGCGACGAGAGUCUGACUUAGAUAAGCUCCCUUCGGCGGCGAAACUCCGCCUAAACUCCGACGUCGCGACUAUUAUCGUCGCACGAGGAGCAAGGACGACGCGACGUGACGACGACGACGACGACGACGACGACGACGACGAAGAGAACGAAGGCGAGAGCGGGGGGGGGGGCGAGGUAGCGACACGGUAGCGCGGCGGAGGGCCGACGAGGGUGCGCGUUUGGCGAUGUGGAAAUAAUUCCUGGGUGGUUCGUGGCACGAAUUAAUUAAGAGAUACGUAAGUAGCGCAUAUUGCGCAGGAGACGCAAUUACCGCCAUCUUUGACGCCGUGAGGAACGCGGCAACGUGCGAAAGAUAUGGAGAGGACCGCGAAGGUAGUUUGUUGUUUAUCGUCGGGGCUAACGGGCGGAAUAUUACGACGCGGCUCGGAAACUUCUCUGACGCGCGCGCGCGCGCGCGCGUUAAUUAGUGUUCAAGCCGAUGUUACCCGUGGCGCGCGGCGAUAAGCUCGCUAAUUUACACGAUUUUUCAUCGCAAGCCCGAGCGCGACUACGCCGCGCUGUCAUUAUCGACUCGCUCGUACGAGAUUUCACGAUCAGCUAACGUCGUUAGCUGCCGCGUCUGUUUUCUUUUAUCGCCGUCGCACUGAUAUCGGUUCACGGUAUCGGCUUACGGGGGUCGAAUAACAGCCGACAGCUCGGAAUCACGCGCGCGCAUUAGCUGGGAAAUUCCGCGAAAGCCGCCGAGCAGCGACGUUUGUUUUCGAGCGAGGCGCGGCGGCGCUUCGCUCGAAAAGAAUCUCGCCGGUCCGCGCGCGACGGAAACUUGCGAUACUUCUUUCUACUCUGUUACCCUAGAUAGUAGUCUGCGCUUUUUGUGUAGCGACGCAUCGCGCAUGCCGCGCGCGCGCGAACGCGUGUCAUGACAGCAGCGCACGCGAGCGGCGCGUGCGACGCCGAGAAAAAUGGUUCCUGUUUCACCUCCGUGCGUAGAUUUCUCACCGAGUUUCUCACAGCCGUGCGAAGUUUUGGAGAACUCGGUCCUUUGUCGCCGAGCCGUCGUUCACCGAUAGAAGAGAAGCACCGCUCAACAUUGUCGCGGGCCGCGGUGUCCAUCCGGAGGGAUUCGCCGCUCGCCGAUAUCUUCAC